AAAGGGGGCUGUCGGCUUGGCUGUUAUUAUUUUGUACACGACAGUAGCUGAGCAGUACUUCUGCUGUCCUUCAAACACAGACGUAAAAGUUAGCUUUCGGACUACACUGACAACCGAGCGGCUACUAUGGGUGCCGCUUCGAGCACCGAGGCAGAAAGGGAGCCGCUAAUUGCUCCGACUUCCGCUGGGACUACUAACAGCCUGCCUGUAAACAGCCGAGUGUAUGGCAGAAGAUGGCUGGUUUUGACCCUGUUUUCCCUGCUGGGACUCAUGCAAGGGAUGGUCUGGAACUUCUGGGGACCCAUUCAGAACUCGGCUGUAAAGGCUUACGGGUUCACCAAGUCUGACAUCGCAGUUUUGGUUCUGUGGGGCCCGGUUGGGUUCUUUCCCUUUUUGCUGUUUAUGUGGUUAAUGGACAAAAAAGGAUUACGGGCGUCCCUCCUGCUCUCGGCCUUCUUCAUGCUGCUGGGAUCGGCCAUGCGAAGCAUCCCGCUGACGGACCUGCACCUCAGACGGUGGUUAAUACAUGGAGGCCAGUUCCUGAACGGUCUGGCCGGACCAACCAUAAUGAGCGCCGGGCCGUACCUCUCCACCACGUGGUUCGCCCCCGACCAGAGAGCAACGGCGACAGCCGUGGCCUCUCUGUUCUCCUACCUGGGAGGCGCCGCGUCAUUCAUAGUGGGCCCUCUCAUCGUUCCAGCUCCCAAUGACUCCCAGACAGGCACCGCGACCGCCGCGCCGCCGUCCACCGCCUUCAUCCGGAACAGAAUCCAGAUGGUUUUGUAUGCAGAGUUGGCGGCGAUCGGGCUGUUUUUUGUAGCCGUUCUGCUCUACUUCCCGUCGCGCCCGCCCGUGCCCCCCAGUGUGGCCGCGGCCAGCCAGAGGCUCAGCUACAGGAGCAGCAUCUGCAAACUCCUCAGUAACUUCCGUUUCCUGAUGAUUGCGUUGGCCUACGCCGUCUCUACAGGAGUGGUCGGCGGCUGGUCUGGAGUCCUGGACAUGGUUCUGACUCCAGCCAAUGUCAGCCAGGUGGAUGCAGGCUGGAUUGGUUUCUGGUCUAUUGUUGGCGGGUGUGUGUUUGGAAUAGCAAUGGCCAGAUUUGCAGACUCCAUCCGUGGGAUGCUGAAGCUGAUUCUGGUGCUGAUGCUGGCAGGAGCCUCGUUGUCCUCGACGUGGUUUACGCUCACUUGUUUGAGCACAAUUACCCACCUCCCUGUUACCUCAGCCAUCCUCUACACUUCCUGCAUCCUGGUUGGCAUAUUCGUCAACAGCAGCGUGCCGAUAUUCUUCGAACUCUUCAUUGAGACGGUGUACCCGGUCCCUGAAGGCGUCACCUGUGGUGUCGUCACCUUCCUGGGGAACCUGGCUACUGGACUUCUUCUCUUCUUCCUCACCUUUUACCCGACAAACUUGUCGUGGCUGAACUGGUGCGUAACCGGCUCGUGUGUCUUCAGCCUUGUCCUCGUCCUCUUCUUCAGGGAGUCCUACGAUCGUCUCUACCUGGACGUCUUUGUCUCUGUGUGACGCUUACGAGGAAGAAGAAAAAAAAAAGACUUAAGAAAAUCGAGGCUAUUUAAACACUUGCUCUUGCACAGAAAAGAGGAGAAAAGGGACACGGAGAGCAAGUCGGGAAGCUCUACGCUCUUUGUGAGAUGUACAAUUUUAGGACGUAAAUGUAUAUAUGUAUUCCUGUAAAGCCGCGGUGAGGGUGAUGCACGUUUCCGCCGUAGAGAGGCGUCAAUGUUUACACCUUAGAAGUAGCUAGCUCGAGGUUUGAUGAUGGUUCGACUUGUUUUUAACGGUUUCCUCUGUUUGUCCGUGAAUGAAUUGAGGCGGAUCCACCUGAACGAACAGUYUGCCCCGUCGCAGAUAGUUUGGAAGCUUCUAGAGAAGCGACUUUACAACUCACUCGCCUCAUCUCAAAAGUAACCGGAAAACUCUCCUCGAAGUUUACAAAAGGGACGUCAGACAGAGUCCAGCUCAACGCCAAGCGACUUUCAUGCACAUUGAAGUAAGGACUAGUCCCUGCAGGAAUUAAAACUGGGACCUCCCCGUGUUUUAGUGCCGGCCAUGACUCACCGGGAGGCUUAACUGACCCUGCAGCGUGAAGCGACCUGUGAUAUUGCCUGUCAGCGAAAGGCGAGCCACUUGAAUUGUGUUUUAUAGCCCUCUCAAAAUGAAUAUUAUGCAAAAAAAAAAAAAAAAAGAUGCUGUCAGAUCGACAACUGGACGCCAGCCAAAGACGCGGCCUUGCGACCGGACUCACUGGAGGGUUUUCUUUUCAGUUCUUCAGCCCACUUACGACUAAUCAUGUCCAUAAUUUUAACGUAACUUUAAUUUGUUUUGUACAGCUGCCUUUUUUUUUUUUUUUUUUUAAUCAUUCACUUUUCUUUCUAAGCGGUGUGCCAGUAUUUAUUAAAACAAAAAAAAAGCCUCAACACUAACAAGACCACACCCAGAAAUAAGAAGUUUGAUGACAGACCUUUUAUUUGUAUGUAAACAAGCGUAUGAACAAUUUGUUUUGUUCAAAGCACCAGCAGCGUCCUUUGCAACCGACUUAAAAAAAAACUAAACAAAAAAAAAAAAAACAAAGUAGUCCAUCUCAUGGAUUUGCCGCCUGAUAGAAUUAGGUUUUGUCUAACAUGCUUAUUUUCUGGUGUGUUUUUUUUUUCUUCCAGAAACUGUAGGAAGUAUUUUUUUAUGUUUUCCCUCUGGAGAUAAAGAAGGCUGCGUAAUUUGUCCCUGGUGCUGUUUUUUCCUCUCUCGCCUUGUAAAGAAAAGAUUCUCUUUCACCUGCAGAUGUGUUGCCUUAAUUAUCCAGUGCAGUGCAUUCAACCCCCUCCUUCUGUCCACACUGUGAAUAUUUUACCUCUGGAUUAUGUCAAAGGUCAUUUUCUGUUUUGUUGUUGUUGUUUUUUUACACUAUGUAGCGUCCUGGGAUUUGGUUAUUCCUUUGAGUUCCUUUGGGGUAAAACAAACACGACUGUCACAAAUGUUCAGCACCUUAUUAAAGUGAUGAUUUUACAAAUUACA